CCGCCCUCCCCAAGCGAGGAGCCGCCGGGUCGCCAGAGGCCGCGCCAGCUUACCCGCCCCGGGCCAGCGCGGGCGCUGGGGCCUCGGAGGCGGGGAGAUGGCCGCCGCGCACCCAGUGGCGAGGCUAGCGGCCUCCAGUUUCCACACCCCUGUCAAUCCCAACACCGGUGCGCGGGUCGCCCAGUACGAACGCGAAGACCCUUUGCAGACCCUGGCGGCGGUGGCGCAGAUCCUGAAGGAGGAAGAGUUGGAGAAAGCGGAGCAGCCCGCGGGGGCGUCGGCUGAUUUUAACACCAGCUUUACUGAGGUGAAUGGGCAUACACCGAUAAACUAUGAAGACUUUGUGAACUUUUCUGAUAUGUACCACUCUAAUGAAGAGUAUUUCAAGAAACUAGAGGAGCUGAAGGCUGCCCACAUAGAAACUAUGGCAAAAUUAGAGAAAAUGUACCAAGAUAAAUUAAACUUAAAGGAAGUUGAGCCAGUGAUCAUCAGGGAAGAUGGUCUUAGUGUCUCUUCUGGAUCUAUAUCAGAAAAGAACUCGUAUCAUCCUGUUUCAUUAAUGGCAUCACUUUCAGAACCUGAGUUAGGCCGGUCUUCCUCCUUGUAUACGUCUUCCUCUGAGGAGGAGCUACCCAACUUAGAAAAAGAGUAUCCUAGGAGAAACAGAAUGAUGACCUAUGCUAAGGAGCUCAUCAACAACAUGUGGACAAACUUUUGUGUGGAAGAUUAUAUUCAAUGUAAAGAUACUGACUUCCAACCAGUUGAAAAAACAAGGAAGAAACCAAAAGAGUGGGUGCCCAUGAUUACAGUACCCGAACCUUUUCAAAUGAUGAUUAGAGAACAGAGGAAAAAAGAGGAGUCCAUGAAAUCCAGAUCAGAUCUUGAAAUGGUACAAAAACUGCUCAAAAAACAAGAAGAAGAUUCAGAGUGUAAGAAGAAAUUCCGAGCCAACCCAGUUCCUGCAUUUGUCUUUCUCCCCCUUUAUCAGGAUUUAGUCAAGCAAAAGGAAGAACAGAGGAGGUCACUGAAGGAGAAAAACAAAGAAGCUCUUUUGGCCUCACAAAAGCCAUUUAAGUUUAUUGCAAGGGAGGAACAGAAGCAAGCAGCCCGGGAAAAGCAGCUGAGAGACUUUUUUAAGUCUAAAAAGAAAUCAAAUCGAUUUAAAGCCAGACCCAUACCUCGAUCUGUUUAUGGUUCACCUACCAAUGACAAGCUGAAAGAAGAAGAACUCUAUAGAAAAGUUAGGACACAGCUGAGGGCCCAAGAGCGUUUACAGAAUUCGUCCCCUCUGCCCUGUAGGCCAGCUUGCAGACGCAGAAACCCCAAGUUUCCUGAACAGACUAUAAAGUCGAAGCGUAAACACAAGGUUGGAUCCCAGACUCCUGAUUUUGAAGACCUUCCUGAGAGAGAGCAGAAACACCUCUCAGAACACAAGUGUCCAAAACUCUUAACAGUCUGUAAACCAUUUGAUUUUCGUGCAUCUUCACGUGCAGCUACUAAAAGAGAAAAAAUUUUGGCAGACAUUGAAGCAGAUGAAGAAAAUUUAAAGGAAACACGGUGGCCUUAUUUGUCUCCAAGGCGUAAGUCACCAGUAAAAAGUGCAAAUGCAAAGCCUGUUUGUAACUGCAACCCUCCAGUGGCCACAGUAUCUUCCAGAGCACGAGAACAAGCCAUAAGGAGAUCACUUGAGGAAAAGAAAAUGUUGGAAGAAGAGAGAAAUCGGAUCCUAACUAAGCAGAAGCGAAGAAUGAAAGAAUUGCAGAAACUACUGACAAGCCGGGCUAAGGCUUAUGACUCACAUCAAAGUUUAGCUCAAAUAUCUAAAUCCAGAGUAAAAUAUCUCAGAAAAAGUGAAAAGGAAAGAAUGAGAGAAUACCGACGAGAACUAGAAGAAAGAGAAGAAAAAUUAAAACAGAGGCCACUACUAUUUGAAAGAGUUGCUCAGAAAAAUGCAAGAAUGGCAGCAGAAAAGCAUUAUUCUAACACCCUAAAAGCAGUAGGAAUAUCUGAUGAGUUUGUUUCAAAGAAAGGCCAAAGUGGAAAAGUACUUGAGUAUUUCAACAAUCAAGAGACGAAAAGUGUCACUGAAGAUAACGAAAGCUUUGAUGAAGAAGAAAAACUAGAAGAAAGAGAGGAUGGGAAAGAAAAUUAUUUUAUUGAUGCCAACAGCCAGGAUUCUUGCAAGGAAAAAGAUGAAACCGAUGAAGAAAGUGGAGACAAGAAAUCUGUUGAAGAAUCAAACUGAAUCAGCAAGGUCUCCUUUCUGUGCCCUGCUGUUGUUCACAGCAUCUCAUUUGUGAUGUUUCAAACAUCUAUGGGGACAUCCCUGAUACGUGCGGGGCUGUUGAGCAAGGUAGCCUGGAAAGGCUGAAUCCGACUGAUUGGUCAUUUGGUCAGUUAGAGUAAGGCGUUGCCUAUUCUAAAAAUCUCUGCAUGUGGUCUUAUUGCAACUGUGGUUUACUUGUAUUUUUAAAAAGUAUUUGAGAAUCACAGCAAUCGUAAACUGACUACUUAUAAAAAUAUACAUUAUUUUAUAAUUUUUGGUGGGAAAAAUGGCUUAGUAUUGAAAGCAGAGAAAAGUGUUGGCCUUUGGUGAUUUUUUUUUUUUUUUAACAUUUCUGGGAAGCAUGAGUCAAUAAAUAUUUUCAAUUAUA